CAUUCGCGUAUUCGUUUUCGUUCGCAGAGCAGUGAUGGCGGCGUAGCAAUCAGAAAGAAACGAGAGUGUAUUUGAAAAGUAAUAAGCAGAUUCCGUGGAGGCUUGACUGCGUGCGCGAAAAAGUGGAGUCCGAAAGAGUGCGGAAGUGAUUUUGGCCAAGCUUGGGGUAUUUCGAAUUGGGGUCAUUUUCCAAGACGGGUUUACGGGCACUUCGGGAAGCAAACCGAGGAGGAGAAAAGCUAGGAAAGAAAAAUUUUCUCUGGGCAGACUCAGGGGACUACGCACACAAUCAAAGGAGUGUAGACAGCAUAAGGAGGAGAAAGAAGACGAAGAAAAGCGGGGCUGCUGCAAUUUUUGUUGUACCCCCAUUUUUUGCGUUUUUCCACUUUUAUUUCGGUACAAUUUGGAUCCGAGGGUCUGUAGGAGCGACCUCCGAGGAAGUUGUCUGCUAAAGCGACUUCCGAUUGGAUCCGGGGUGGAAAUUGCGGCGACCGAUUGUCGUCGUUUCUGGAAAAGUGUCCUCUUCCCCCAAGGGGCCCCCUGUCCUGGUGCGAGGGGCUACCGAACGGAGUAAGCGAAGAGAACCCUGGCCGGGAGGAGGCAGUAGGAAAAAAGAACGGGAACCUCUUUCAGUGUGUGUGCAUUAAAUGGUAAUGCAUGCCAGGAAACCGCAGCGUUUACUAAAUGAUGGGUACCACCAAUCCCAUCAGUAUCAGAAUUCUAAGUACGCCUCCAAGAGGGACUACGAACGAGAGGCUAGUCGAUCGGGUGGCUAUGGACGCGAUCGGGAUAAUUCUCCGGCUGGAAGUUCGCUAAACAAUGGCAAUUAUAAAUCAAUCUCACCAGACAUGGACUCACCGCGGGAUCGGGACCGUGAUAGGAAUCGUGAUCACGAUCGGGACCGAGACCGUGAUCGCGGCGGUGAUCGGUACCAGUAUGGUAUGAGCAAAAUGCGAGACAAGGAUCGCGAUCGGGAUUACAAAAAGGACAAAUAUUCGGAUUCUCUACGAUCGCCGAAGGAGAAACGAAGUCGCAGUGAUCGCGAUACAGACCAUCGUUCGAAUCAUGAUCGGAGGUUGAAGCUGUCCGUGUCGGAGAAGCGUGGUGGUUCGAGUUCAAAUUCAGAUGAUCGCGAUCGUGACCGGGAACGGGAGCGUAGUGAACGGGAGCGAGAACGAGAGCGGGAUCGUGAUCGAUUACGAGACCGUGAUCGUGAUCGAGGAGGUGGAGGAGGAGGGGGUGGUGGUGGCGGCGGUGGCGGUGGUGGCGGUAGCGGAAGUGGUGGGAGUGGAGGUGGCGGGGGUGGCAGUGGUUUAGGAGUGGGUGGCGAUCGGGUGAAUCGCGUUGGUGAUUGGAGUGAACAUGUCAGCUCGUCUGGCAAAAAGUAUUACUACAACUGUAAAACGGAAGUUUCACAGUGGGAGAAACCGCGGGAGUGGAUGGACAAGGAAAGUUACGGUUUUGAUAGGAUCAUGCCCAAGGAUCAGCAUAGAGAUUAUCGCGACAAAGAGCGCGAUAGAGAGCGGGAUAGGAAUGAUCGCGAUCGCGAUGAUCGGUAUUCGUCCUCUGCCGGCAGCCGGUCUACUUCGUAUGGCAAGCAUUCCAGCAGUAAAAGCAGUAACUCGAGGAUACGGUGGCCGGCGCAUGAGUCACAUAGGAGGAGGCAUGAUGAAAACCAAGAAAUGGAUAUCAGCCCCGGUGAUUCGACACCAACAUCAGAGGCCAACUAUUCCCACUCUAGUACGCCGACCAACCAACAGGGGCACAGUAAUAAUGCAGCCAACAACGAUGGCACCACUGCCGGAACGGGACUGAUGGCAAAUCAGUUGCCCCGAUUGCUAUCGAACCCGAUGGCAACGCAGAGUGGUAUUGCGAUGCCACCCCAUUCACAGUCACAAUCCUCAUCUAGCUAUCCGGCAACGGUAUCCACUUCAUCUCCAUCCGUACUGCAGCAACAACAACCGCACAUGGUUGUUGGAUCUAGUGGCGACCUUAUGUUAAGCUCGAAUACGCCCGGUCCACCGGGCUCGCAACAGCACCACCAACACCACCAUCAGCAGCACCAGCAGUCGCAACAACAGCAACAGUUAGGCCAGUCUCCCCAUUCAUCUGUGAAUCCAUCCGCUGCCAGUGCGAAUGUGUCCUCGUCGUCGUCAUCUUCGUUAGCCGGAUUGCCGAAAAUUCUUUCGCAGAUCACCGGCAACAAGACGAUAGAACACAACGAGCUGAAUCCCCAGAAAGCGCUGCAAACCAUCAACAAUGCAUUGUUGAUGCAAACGAGGCAACAGCAGAACCCCAACGGAUCUGUGUCCGGUUCAGCGCUGGUGGAUGGCAACGCCGGGGCAAAUAGUUUAAGGGAACACGCACUGAAUUCUCCAUUGUACAAUGUUUCCAACCUAUCACACCCCUCGACGCCGAUGUCGUCCGGUGGCAGUGGACUACUGAACCACAGCAACCACCAGUCCAACAAUCUGAACUCGUCGAAUUCGGCGGCCAAUCUGAGCGGGGGAAGCAAUAGCAGCCAACUGCUCAGCGGGGAUGGUCCACCCACGCCCACCCAGGAAAUGGACCUGGUGUUACCGGACCAUCGGAAGAUGGACGGUACGAGCACGACCACGACAAGUGCCGUGAGCAGUCUGCAGGGAGUGAUGACAUCGUCCCAAAGUGGCCGAUCUCAAGGACCGAAUCUGACACCCAGUUUAGCGAAGUACUUCCGGGCAGAUUUGAUAUCCCAUGUGACGGGAUGGCCGUCGGAAAUACUGGAAAAGACGUUGGCUUGUGCCGUGAUGUUGCUUCCGUUUCAGGUCCAGAAAAUGUCGGAGGAGGCCCACAUUCUCGGUGAUCUACAGUGCAGCAAAGUAUCGGCAGAUUUAAAAUGUGCUAGGAGUGUAGUUAGAAUAACGGAAAUAACGGCGACGCUGCAAGAACAGAAAAUUAUGUAUCUACGACAACAAAUUCGUAGAUUAGAAGAGCUGAAAUCGGAGAACUCUUUUAUGUCUGAUGAUCUAUAGCGCUAUUAAAUACAAAGUUAAAUUUAUAUAAAAAAUACAAAAAAAUCUUUACAAAAAAAUGACUAAACAAAAACUAGAAAUCAUCCUUUCUUUUCAAAGGAGGAUAAAAAUUACACUACCUAACUGGGAUGCAUGUUAUACACUGCAAUACAAAAACCGAUUGAUACAAAAUUAAAACAUCAACAAAUACAGAAACAAAUUAAAACCGAAAAGUCAAAGUCAAGCUAACUCACACAUCAAUGUAUAAAGCUAGAGGGAAAUUUUUAAAUAAAUAAAAUAUCCUGCUCUGAAAUCUAUUGAGUCGACAGAAUGCUAGAAGGUGGAGGAGAGGAUGCUGAAUUGUGCAAAUAACGCAUACCCAUACACAAAUAAAAAUACAUACAUCAUAGUCCUUCCGCAUCAUACACACUAACUCACUUACACUCACUCAUAAAUUUGCGCAGAGAUUCACUCGAACACAGUGUUACACUUUUACCCGUUGGUAAUUUUCUAGGACGACUGAAGAUAUAAAGCAAAUCGUACGAAUCAUCAAAGGAUAUGAUUUUAAACUGUUAUUAUUAUUAUAUUUAUAUGAAAUAUGACAAAGUUUUGUUCUUUUUUUCGUUUCAAAAAAUAAAACUAAUCCCGUGAAGCAAAAAAAGGAGAAUCGAAACUUGUUUAAUGUUUUCUAGAAAAUGUUCUAACGAAAAAAAAAUGUAAAUCCAUGAAAUUGACAAAAAAUCAUUCAGUAGCAUAGAUCGAUGAAAAAGUUAUAAUCAGCCCCCACAUCCCCCUGUCUUUGAAAAAAAAAUAAGAACUGCAUUCGUGCCGGGAAGAGUACGUCGGCAAUAUCUCUACUACACUCUGUUAGGGCCUCACGAAUAGUGAUGAAGAGGAUGUUCAUGAUGAACACGAUGGAUGUUGAAUGACGUUCUUCCGCGAACAUUUUGGUGAACAAAGUUGGAAAACUUGAUGAAUGAAACGUAAAAGAUUAGAAGGAAGCGAACUGAUUCGCGUUAGAAACAGCACUUUCUAGAGGAAAAACAAGUAAAAUACAAAAAUGCUAAAAAGUAGUCUAAAUAUUCAUGUAUAUUUCAUUAAAUUGUAAGUUACUCUAAGGACAAAACAGUAAAAGCGUAAAAUCAAUUAAACAAACAAAAAACUGUUGACAAAUGAAACAGAAAAAAAAACUUCAGAGCAAAACGCGUUGGAGGACCGUUGAACACAUCAGUUUUAAAGCAGCGCUUGACAUGCGUUCAAUCCGUCGUCGUUGGAAAAGAUGCAAUUUUCUUUUUACGAAUAAAUAUUAUCGGAGGUACACUUGCAUAACAGAUAAACAAGCAAAAAUAAAACAACACACAACUACUGCAAAUAAACCAAUCUAUCGGGAAAUCAAAUUAAUCUAACUUAUCGAAAAGUAACUAAAGGAAAAAAUAGAAAACUCGGAAAUAGCAAAGCAGAUGAUACCACACGCAAACAAAGUGGACUGAUAACACAUCGACUGACGACGACAGCACAUGGUUAACGGACGCGGACCGACGGACGAACGGGGACAGUGGUAAGCAGCAAAAUUUUACAUCUGGAUCCAUCUCUUUGAUAUAAACAAAAGAAAACAUGGAAUAUAAGUCAUAGGGAAAAUAGUGAAGUUUAGUAAUAUGAAAUAAUACAACAAAGUAUAUUUAAAUCAAGUGAA